AUGCCGAGAUCAUCAUCCAGCGCGAACUCAGCAGCAACGGGAACGCCAACCGGGACCCCGUCUUCGCAGAGACUACCCGUCAACCCCCGCCGCCACAAGGUUGCGCCAGACCAGAGGAAGCGUGUCGCAACAGCCAACUCGUCGAGGGACUGCCAGUACCCUGUCGUGAUCGACAAGGUCAGCAUCGCCCGCUCCGAGCUGGAGGAGCUCAGGUCGAAAUGUGCCGCCCUGGAAUCUUGCCUUCAGGAAGCCGUCCCGGAUCUGCCACGCCGGCAGCUGCUGCUCUCGCGCGCCGGGCUUGGCAGCACAACCCCCGAAUCACCGGCCUCGUCACUCAACCCCCAGGGCAGCUCCGUUGAUGACGAUCAGCCGCCGUCUGACGGCAGGCUCCUGCAGGAUUUUGACGGCACCACUCGCUACCUCGGGGAGACGUCCGGCGCCACCUUUCUGGACAACCUCAAGCAGUUCAUGUCGACCAUUUUCCCAUUGGCCUUCAAUGGGUCGCAGCCAGACAACCAGACUGCGGGAAGCAGCUUCAUCGCCACCGUCGGCCGGUACCAGACUUACGAUUCCCGCCCUCUGGUGACCCCGGCGGUCGACCCGCUCUGGCUGCCGCCAGCCGAAGAGAUGUCUGCGGCCCUGGACCAGCUCAAGUAUUUUGUUCAGGAAGGGGGUGGAAUAACGGGCGGGACCAUAUUCAUGGGCAACCUUACCGACCUCCCUAGCGACCCGCGCAUGCCCAUGGAUCAGCGAAACAUGCGCAACAUAGCUUUCUUCCAGGCAGCACUCGCAUACGCCAGCCUACUACACUUGACGACGGCGAACUCCAAGCAGGAUGGGCAGCUAGGUGAGACGUUCUUCAUGCGGGCCAAGCUGCUGCUUGGCAACCCCCUGGACAUAUCGACCUACACGAGCACUGAUGUGGCCGUCAUGGCGGUCAUGGGGUCGUACUUGCUCGAGGUCAACAGGAGAGACGCUGGCUACAUGUACAUCACCACUGCGCUUCACGUUGCCCUCAUGCACGGUGUGCACAGAGGCUGGUCGGUCGACGAGCAAGGGAAGCGCGUGUUCUGGACCAUCUACAUUCUGGAUCGAUGGAUUAGUUGCUUGAUGGGGCGUCCACCAAGCAUCCUUGAUGACGCAAUCCGACUUGAUCUUCCUCGCGAUGCGCCCGGUCUCCCUCCCUCCAUAGGGCUACGAGCCAAUGUCGAGCUCUUCAAGAUCGCCGGUCAUAUCGUGUGCAACACCUACAGGAUAGCUCCAUGGCCCGAGGCCUCCCAGAAACCCGCAUCAGCACACGUCGAUACGGCUCUGCAGAUGCUUGCCAGUUGGCGGAAGGACCUACCUCCUCCGCUGCAGCUAUCCUAUGAGACCUAUAGUGGUGAUCGACCUCUAUGCACCCUGCAUAUGACAUACAAUCAGCUCCUCAUAUUAACUAUCCGGCCCAUCUUGUUCAUGGCCGUCAAGAAAGCUGUCGCCGACCGCUUCGUCAGCCGCCAGUGGGACAUCGAGGACCACGCGCACAUCGAGCACAUUCGCGAGUGCAGCGACGCCGCCCGUCGCAACUUACGCCUGGGACGCUGGCUGCACACCAUGAGCCCCGGCUCCAAGCUGCUGCUGCCGGACCUGCACAACAUCUUCAACGCCGCCAUCAUCCUGCUCCUGCACCAGAUCGUCUUUGUCAAUCUGCGCACCAACGACGUGUCCGACAUUGCCUUCUCUACCGAAGUUUUUGAGCGCGAGGCCGGCUUUGGCGACCGCUACGGCGAGGACUGCGCGCGCGUGCUGCAGGACCUGUCGGCGCUGGUGCGCCGCCUGCGCAACCUCAUGUUUGACGGGAUCCCGCGCAUCAGCCCGCAUGUGGACGAUGGCGGCAGGCAGGUCGGCGGCACCGCUUCUUCGCCGCCGGGGGUGCUGUCCUCGGGCGCGUCGCCGUCGGCCUACGGGAUUGUGACACCGCCGCCGCAGGCUGUGGGAGCGGGAGGAGGCGGCGUCGGGGCAGGUGGUGGCGGUAGCAACAUCAUCUCGAUCCCCGUGCACGGGGAUGGCAACGCGCUGUACCAGGAGCUGAUGACGUGGCUGGACAACGACGAUCUACAGAUGUACAAUAAUUACCUUGUAUGA